GCAAAAACGGCAAGAAUGUUGCCUGCUUUGAGAUCUCCAGCACCGGUCCCUACUCCAGAGAGCAUGAUCCAGCUGUUCCAGUUUCUCACGCUUGUCUUCUGCCUUGGCCCAGGGAACACAGUUUCACAGACCAGCUCAGCCCCGCUGAUGGUGGAUGGGUUUCUGGGGGAGUCGCUAACUCUUCCCCUGAAGCUUCCUGCAGGAGAGAAGAUCUAUUCCAUCACCUGGCUUCACAACGGAACAUCUAUCGUCUUCAUAGACCCAAAUGACGCACGAAUCCUGGUGACUGCUCGCAAACGGAAAGAUGCACUGAAAGUCACCCAGUCCUACUCCUUGCAGCUCAGCAACCUGACGAUGGCAGACACAGGAUUUUACAAAGCCCAGAUAGGCACAGAGAACUCUUCAGUGUUUUCCAGUUACACUCUGAGGAUCUUCAGACGACUGAGGAACUUACAAGUUGCCAAUCAUUCUCAACUGUCUGUGAAUGGGACUUGUGAGAUCCACCUGACCUGUACUGCGGAGAAUCCAAAUGACAACAUCUUACUCAAGUGGCAGAUCUCAGGAAACACAUCUCUAAAUGAAGCCAACAUCACUAUCUCCUGGGACCCCAAGACUUCCAAUGAAGAGACCUACACCUGCAUAGCUCAGAAUCCUAUCAGCAAUUUAUCCUUCUCUGUCUCUGCCCAGAGUCUAUGCAAAGGUGUUUUUAAUCAGAAAAAUCAACCUCUGGAUAUCAAAUGGAUUAUAACUAUAACUAUAAUUAUAAUUGGAGUUCUUCUGGCAUGCAUAUUCAUCUAUGUUUGGGGGAAAAAACCAGGUUCCUUUUGUUCCUGUACUCAGCAAGGCCAGAGUCCUGCUGAGACCAGAAGGAACUUAGACUAUGAUUCAGUCUCUCCGGGGCACACUGUGUAUGCUCAGGUCGCCACUCAUCCAACCAGGGAAAGAAACAUCCCAACGCCUGCGGAAAACAGUGAGUCCACCACAGUUUACUCCACAGUUCAACAGCACAACGAGCGUAAAACUAUUUCUUCCAGAUCAACUGCCCUUGACGAUGUCAUCUAAGUUGCGGAAAGGUCUCAAAGGAAUUCAGGGAUGACAUGUCUUCUCCUGAUCCUAUGGGAGAGAAUACAGCUUCACUUCUGCCUGGCAGCAGAAUCUGAAUAUCUAGGAUUAUCAUUUCCAGUCAUUCAGAUUUGAAACUCCUUACCCAGGUCAAACAGCUAAGGAAUAACAUCAUUUCCAUCAUGUGGUCCAAAUAACAUUUUCUGAUCUGCUCCAGGCUAAAACAUGCUUCAAAUAACAUGCCUGGAUAUUGACUUUCUCUUUGGUAACUAAGAAAAUGGAGUUAUGAUUGACAGAAAGCUUAUAAUCCAGAAGACAACCACUUUUCUCCUUUUAGAAAGCAGCAGGAUUGUGACUCAUCGGGAGAGUACAGUGUGUUGGUUACGUGUAUGGUCUCUGGAGUAGGAUGGGCCCGUGCCUAAUUCUUUUACAGCAUUUACUAGACACACCUCCUGGGACCUACCUAACCUCUUGGAGCUUUGGUCUCCUAGCCUGAAAAAGGAGUACGGUAAUACAUCAGCCAUGUGAUGUGAAUCAGGAACUCAUAUGACCCCUGACAUCAGCUUCCCUAUCGCCAGGCCCUUUGGAUUCAAUCUCCAAAUAAAUAUCUUUGACCUAUCCACUUCUCUCCAGAUCUUCAACCACCAUCCUAUAUCCAGCCAUGAUCAUCUCUGACCUGGAGUACCACAACAAACUCUGAACAACUCUCUCCAACUGUUGCUCGCGUUUCCUUCCAAUCCAUUCUCCACAAGACAAGACAAUAUUACAACAGUAAUAUUUUUAAUAUAAAUCAGAUCCUUCACUUGUCUGCUUAAAACGCUGCAAGACUUCCCAGUGCACUCAGAAUGAAACUGAGUCCCCCUGGCCCUGGAUGGUCUGACCCAUCUCAAGCCUCAGCUCAUCACUCUCCCCGCACUAUCUCUAUUUAGCCUCCCUGAGCUUCUUUCAGCUCCUCUGUUAGAGGAAAGAGUUCUCUAUGUCACAGUUUUUACAUCUGCCUCAAGGCCUUUCCUCUGCCUGCCUGGUUCCUCCUUUUCUUUAGGUCUCCGCUUACAUAUGUCACCUUCGAAGACAGACCUUCUCAGACCAUUCCAUCUAAAAUGGAUCCCCUUAUUAUUCUUUCACAACCUCCAUGUCAUUUGUCAUUAAAUAUUUAUUUUUAUUUUUUUAAUUCUGUUUAUCCUACUAUACCAUAAGAUCUCCAGGAGCAGGAACCAUGAUAAUUUUGUUUAUCACUGUAUCCCUAGCACCUGGCACAAUAUA